AUGGGCAAAUCAAAGCCGACCAAGAACAACUCCCAUGUGCCACAGAAGCACCUUCACUCCAGAUUAUCCUAUCUACACCAGGCUGCCACGUAUCUAGUGACCGUCGAUAACGGUAAUGCGCGGCAGGAAGCCGCCGAGUCUGCUGGACGUGCGUGUGCGGUGUUAGAGGACAAGAAUAUCCCCACACACAGAUCCAUCGAGGCGACACGACUGCUGUCCCACCUUCGAGGAGUCUCUCGAAAGUCACAGAUCCGGCUUGCACCACGGGUCAAACAUACAAUCUGCAAGCGCUGCGACGCACUCCUGAUCCCGGGCGAAACAAUGACGGAAAAGGUCGUCAACCCGAGCAAGGGAGGCAGCAAAUCAUGGGCCGACGUGUACGAGAUUCAAUGCGACAAAUGCGGAACUGUCAAACGAUUUCCUUGUCAAAGAAAACCGAACCAGACUGGGCAGGAAGACUCAAGACCUGUUGCAAAGAACUAA